AUGAGCGAAACGGAUUCCGACCAUCCCCAUGAUGAGGAAACACAACCUCCAUUACUUCCACCGGCACCUUAUAGGUGGAAGAGACCGUCUUUGAUUUAUGAAACUCGUGCUAUUAAUCUCUAUGUACGGAACACUAUAUUUGAAGAGAUACGAACCACAUUGAAGGCUGUUGGUGGCAAAUCUACUAUUCAAACAUUCAAAAGUGGAACAAUUGGGCGUCUUAGUGAUCACGAGAGAUACGCUAGCGCCAACAAUGUUCUGCAUCACCUAUUAUCUCGACAGAUUGAGGGAGGGGAUAUACCUCCUCAUGAAGCAUGGUUUGUUGUCGGUAGUCGUAUCAUUCGUUUUACAGCACCGGAUUACGCACUAAUUACCGGACUUCACUUUGGGUUUUGUGAGUUUGAUCCCGACGCUGAGCACCAGAUUCCGGCCAAUAGUAUCUUCUACAGAUAUUUUGGUGGUCGUCCCACAAAAGUUGGAACUCUUAAGACGAAAUUCAAAGCAAAACAACUUGGGAAGGAUCCAGAAGAUUAUAUUAAAGCGGGGAACUUGUUGAUGUAUUACUUGUUUCUCCUUUGUCGAGACGAUGUGUAUAUUGAGGCAUGGGCAUGGACUUUGGUGGAGGACUUGGACGAGUGGAAUUGGUUUCCAUGGGGGUCUUAUACCUAUCAGGUGUUACUUCAUUAUUUGAGCUUGGCCGGAACCCGGGAUGACGUGUUGAAGAAACCAGCGUACCACUUCUUCGGCCCAGUCUGGGCUUUGCAGAUUUGGUCAUACGAGGUUAUUCCCACAUUGGGUUCUAUUUGUGGCACACGAAACCCAGUCCCUAAAUUUCCUCGUGCUUUGAUGUGGACAACCUGAAAAGCUCCUGGCGAUUACACAUAUUUUUUCGACAAAGAGCUUAUUGUGCACGAGACGCUUCAGCCAUCCCCUGAAGAGCUAGAGGAGGUGUACUACAUGAGCCUAGACAAUGGAGAUAUGCUCCAUGUUAGAUUCGUGCCUCCUCUACGUCUUGCAUCGAAGAAGAAGACAACUCAUGUUCCAAAGCGGCGGAGAAUGAGAUCUCCAACACUUGAAAGGGAUAGUAGGCAGGUUUCGCCGGCUGUUCAGAGGGGAGGACCCCGUAGUUCACCUUUGAGGGAGGAACGUCAUAGUUCUCCCGUUGUUGA